UAUAUGAUCGACACAGAAAUGGACCAAUCGUGCGUUGACGGGCGGGAUCAUGGAACUUCGAACCGCUCUGCAGCUGCGCAGUGAGCUACUGCGCGCACAGCUGUACACAUUGACCCCAGAGCGUCAGGUGCGGAGGUUUGGACAGAUCAACUCUGAUUCAGUCAUGGAGACUUUGGUGAAGAUUGGCAGGUAGACAUCAGGCUCCCCUUCACCUCAACGAUAUAUUCUGACAUUGUCACAGACACUGACAGCAAGUAAACUGCAGCUGUCCCCUCCUGCAGCCAAACCUGUUUCACCUGCAUACCUCACUGCCUUAAGUUCUCAGUAUGUAUCAGAUCGUCCCGGUGGCUCCAGGGGAGCAGCAGAUGGCGGGGGGAGCUGGUGGUUCUCCACUGAAGAAGAAGCUGGCUCAUGAAGGCCGGCCCCUGGUGAUGGCGGGCAUGUUAGGCUGUGUGCUGGUGCUGGCUGCGGUGGUUGCCUGGUGCUACUACUCAGCGUCGCUCCGUAAAGCCGAAUUGCUGAAGGCCGAACUGUUGGACCUCAACAAGGAUGGUUUUAUCAUUCAUAACCAGGUGGGGGCGCUCAUCUUCAGUAUGACCUUCAGGUCUGGUACUCUGGAUCUGGACUCAUGCUCAAAGGAGGGAAACAUUCUGAGCUGCUCCCAGUCAGAUUCUGGCAAGCUCAACUUCUUCAUCCAGACAGUUCGACCAAAAGACACGGUAAUGUGUUACCGUGUCCGCUGGGAGGAGCUCCAAUAUAAGCGCUUGGUGGAGCACGCCAUGGCCUACAAUGACUCUCAUUGGUACGGAGGGGCGGAAACUGCAACUCAGUACUGGCCUGUCAGGAUGCAGGGUGAGAAGGAACCGCAGCCUUUCAUCACCAGCGAUGUCUACUCAAAUCGGGAUGCUUUUGGGGGAAUCUUGGAGCGCUAUUGGCUGUCUUCAAAUGCGACUGCGAUCAAGAUAAAUGACUCGGUACCGUUUCAUUUGGGCUGGUCAGAGAAGGACAGGACACUCAGGUUCCAGGCCCGAUACAAGGACUCUCCCUUCAGACCACCAGAAGGUCAGCAGGCCUUCCCUGAACUCAGCUACAGAGUGUGUGUGGGGUCGGAUGUCACCUCUAUUCACAAAUACAUGGUGCGUCGGUAUUUCCCAAAGCCCAUCAAGGUCCCUUCUCCUGAAGUGUUCAAACAGCCAUUGUGGUCCACAUGGGCUCUUCACAAAACUGCUAUAACUCAGGAGAAGCUGCUGCGCUACGCCUCUGACAUCACCAAGCAUGGCUUCACAUGCUCCCAUCUGGAGCUGGAUGACCGCUACACGGCCGACUACGGAGAGUUUGACUUCGACCCGCAGAAGUUCCCCAAUGCCAGCGGUAUGUUUGACAAACUCCGAGAGGACGGGUUUCAAGUGUCUCUCUGGACACAUCCGUUUAUCAACUACGACUCCAUUAAUUUCGGUGUCGCUGUGGAGAAAGGACUGUUUGUGCGGGAGCCGAGUGGUGAGCUGCCUGCUCUGGUUCGCUGGUGGAACGGCAUUGGAGGAAUCUUGGACUUCACCAACCCAGAAGCCCGUGAGUGGUAUUCAUCUCACUUGCAAGGGAUCAAAAACCGCUAUGACGUGACAUCAUUCAAGUUCGAUGCAGGAGAGACAAGUUAUCUCCCACGCCAGUUUAGCACCCUGGUCCCACUGUCUGACCCCUCCACCUUCACCCGCCGCUACACGGAGAUGGCCAUCCCGUUCAGUGAGCGUGCAGAGCUGAGGGUGGGUUACCAGAGUCAGGACAUCUCCUGCUUCUUCAGGAUCAUUGACAGAGACUCUGUGUGGGGUUAUGAGCUCGGCCUCAAGUCCAUCAUCCCCACUGUUCUGACGAUUAGCAUUCUGGGCUACCAGUUUGUUUUACCGGAUAUGAUAGGAGGGAACGCAUACCCCAACCGCACCACAGGUGGGUCAGAUGGGAAAAAUGUCCUUCCAGACAGAGAGCUGUACAUCCGAUGGUUGGAGCUGUCUGCUUUCAUGCCUGCCAUGCAGUUCUCUAUACCGCCAUGGGCCUAUGAUGAUGAGGUGGUACAGAUUGCACAGAAGUUCACAGGGCUCCAUGAGUCUCUCGUGGCCCCGAGGGUUCUUGAACUGGCCGGUGAGGUUCUUGAUACAGGAGAUCCAAUUAUAAGGCCCCUCUGGUGGAUCGCCAAUGACGACGAGGCAGCCUAUAAGAUCGACUCCCAGUUCCUGAUCGGGGACGACCUGAUGGUGGCUCCAGUGUUGGAGCCAGGAAAGCAGGAGAGGGACAUCUACCUGCCUGCGGGACGAUGGAGAAGCUACAAGGGGGAACAUUUUGAUAAGGGCCCCAUGUACCUAACUGAUUACCCUGUGGACCUGGACGAGAUCGCUUUCUUUACAUGGGUUCACUGAAGACACUGAAGACAUUCACACACACACACACAUUGUAUGCACAUGUACAUUCUUGUGAGCACACAUGCCAAGAAAAAGCAGGAUGUGUUUGUUUUUCAAAGGGAAAUGACCACUAGGGCAUCUGCUGCUACAGCAGAGUGUGAUUUUUUGGUAAAGAUGAACCCCAUGUCUCGUCCGACCUGCUCUUUCUCCAGACUUCUGCCUGCAGAUUAUAACCGUCGACCCAAAGAAUUAGAAUGAAACUUGUAUUUACUUCUGAUUCUUGUGCUCCAUCCUUAAGCUGAUUCUCAUCCUCAUGUGCCUUCCACAGCCAAUAGUUAAACCGAUCUCAGAUUGUAUUGUCAUCACAGUCUUCCACCACGUAGACAUCUAGAUGACAAAGUUUCCUCUAAGCCCAAAGCUAGAGUGGUUUUAGUUUUAAAGGUGAUGAAGGGUAGAUGAAAUAAUGUGUGACUUUGUUGUGGCUUGGCAGGGUUAGGCACUCAACCGGCAAUAAAUCUGCACUCUGAGUUGGACAGUUGCACUCCUCCUCAGAGGUCGUUUCUAAGUUAAUGUCACCAUAGCAACUGCUGUAUCAUGGAAAACAUUCUCAAGAACCUAUGUUUAAGCUAACGUGCAUUAAUUAGCAUUGCACUGACAACAUGUGACUCUUUUGUCAGUCACUUGAUCUUUAUAUUUAUUAUUCUUUUGAAUAAUGGAUCGUAUUUGAGUGUAUAUACAGGAAAUUCAUGUGACUCUGGGUUUAAAUUAGGGGGGUUCUUGUCAUGAUCGACACUCCUUGACCUGUUGUGCCAUUCUGUCAUUUCAGUGCCAAAAUGUGCUGCUUUCGUCAAAAAAUUAUAAUCACAGCUCAGGGUAGAUAAAAAAGAAAAAACAUUCAUGUUAGAGUUAAUAGAUUUAUUACACUAUUGCUACUGGUUUGCCUCUUAAAACAGGUAUUGUAAAGAUGCCAUAUUCUAACGUGCCGUCCAUGUCUGCCUUGUGACUUUAUUUGCCUUAUCAGCUAAACAAAGCUCUGCCAUCCUUUGCACCGAGAACCAUAGAGCGAUUAAACACUCACCUCUGCACACAGUGAUAUAUGCUUGAUGCGUUGCACCUUAACAUUUUUUAAGCACUAAAACUGCAAAGUACAGGAGGAUCUGCCAUCUGAAAACAUGUUUGUCUGCUCUCACACACUGAUUUAUGGCAUGACAGUAAAGCACACCUGUGGACAAAUUAUCUAAAUGCCUUGCUUGAAAAUAAUUGUUCUGUAUAAGCUAGGGUGUGCAGUUUUCUGUUUUUUGAAAUGUUUCAGUCACUAUACACAAGAUUGCCAUGGGAUUAGAGUAUCUUUAAAAGUCGUAUUAUUGUAGUAUUUUUGUUUGAUGAAUGUUGAAAGAAUUGCUGUAAAUUGGAGGUCUUUGUCUUGCCUUCUUUGCAUUCUUGACACGACCACCAGAUGGUGCCAACAUCACAAAUGUUCAAAUCUCAAACACAGUGACUUUGACUGGUGAAUGACAGUGACAUUUCUUAAAACAAUAAUAAUAUAUGCAUAAUUUGUAAUGAUACUCAUGUUUUGUGGGAGACAUGUCAGUAAACUAGAUUAACUGCUGUAUGAAAAAGUGUCAGAUUAAUAUAAAGGGAUUUUUGUCAGAACACUGAAUAAAUGAUGUGGCCAAUAUUUUA